GAGAAAAACUGAGAAAAUUAUAGGGCUACUUUUCGAAAGUAAUAAUAUAAGACAUUUUAAAGACAAACAUGAACAAGUGAUAAAAACGUUGGCCCCCUCAACAAAUUUAACAUUUGGACAUUCCAUCAUUUAUAUACCCAGGGCAUGCUCUAAUAGGCCUAUCUCAAACAAAAUUAAUGUUAUCUGACACACAUUUCUAUGUUUGAAGCCAUAUUAAAGGUGUCUACACACUUUUCGGAGGAUGGGGGGUCAUACAAAAGUAUUUUAUUUGCUGUAUGGACCCAAUGUUGAAUAUUCUGAAUAUUAAUGGAACAACAGGCAGGGGUUUAUGACCGAGAUGACGGGGAAUCCCCUGUCACCUUUGAACAGUCACGUGACCAUACGGGGUUGUUUUUCUGGUGUAAACGCCCGUCCUGUACGCGUGUAUGUGGGUCAAACAUAAUACAGAUUAAUGUCAAGUCGCAAUGGGAAAUGAAGCAUCGACAUCACGGCUUCUCCAUAAUUUGGAGGAGCUUGAACAGGAGCUUGAACGAGACCAAGUCUCGAAGUCCAACCAACCACUAAAGGUGCAACAUGGCUGGGAUUCCAAGGACUGCUCCAAUAAUAUGACAGUGCUAGAUGACGGUUUGAAGGUGCGUAGAAAUAAAUCUUUACAGCCUAGGACGGAUGCCGUUAGGGGCAAGAGAGGCUAUGGUCAAGGAAUACACAUCUGGAAGAUUCACUGGCCUCAGUCGAUGAGAGGCAGCAAUGCUGUUAUUGGUGUGGCUACAUAUCAGGCCCCUCUGACUUGUACUGGUUAUUCGUCUUUGAUUGGUUCCAAUGAUCAGUCCAUGGGGUGGGAUAUAGUCCGCAAUGUUCUUCUCUUCAAUGACUGCGUCAUCAGAAAGUACCCGGAUGAUGCACCUGGUGAAUUUGUUGCUCCUGAUGUCAUCACUGUAAUUCUCAAUAUGGACUCGGGGACUCUUGGCUUUAAAAGUGAUGGAAAAAAUUACGGAGUAGCAUUGAAGGGUCUUCGCUUACUGGGGAAAAAACUUUACCCUGCAAUAAGCACAACAUAUGACAACUGUGAAGUGGGUAUCGAAUACAUCAGAAGUACAGAUCAGGGAAGACCACAGGCAAAACCAUGUCCUCUGGCCUCCCCUCUGAAAUUCAAACAGCAAUGUGGGGAAAAUAUCGAAUUGUCAAAUGACAGCAUUCAAGCGGAGAGAUCAAAUUUUAUGUCUGAAUCAGACAAAGCAGUUGUUUUGACUUCGAGAAGUCUACAACCAAAUGAAAAGUUUGAAAUACGUGUAAAGAGAACCCUGGAUAAAUGGCCAGAGGGUCUAGCUAUCGGAGUUGUGGCUCUGGAAGCAGGAUUCGAGAUUCCGAGAAGUCUCCCUGGACAAGCCACAGAUAUAGCGUGGGUCUGGAAAGGCACGGAUGUUUUGCAUGACCAAAAAACGGAACGAAAGAUGGAUUUUAACCUUAAUUCCGCAAAAAUUGGCGACAAAUUUGGUGUCAUGAGAAAGGAAGAUGGUGCUUUGCACUUCUUUUAUAACGGUCGAGAUAUGGGAAUGGCAGCCACAAAUGUUCCUCAGAAAAUACACGGAAUUGUCGAUGUCCAUGGAAGUACUAUACACGUAGAAUUAGUGGAACAAAUUCGAGAGGAAACCACAGAGCCAACAGGUGCCGCUUUUACCGGCAUUUCUAGAAUAGAUCGCGUCUUUGAAAAAAUGAGACAAACGAUCGAUUUAUUAAAGAAGAAAGACGAACGCUCUAUUCGAUCCACUAUACAUAUGGUCCACGAACAUUUGUACAUGCUGUACGCCAAGCAUAAGGCCCGAAACCUUCGGCAGUUAAUGGGUGACAAGCUGGUCCAGUUGAAUGCUGCCUUCCAUAUUACUGAAUAUAUAAAAUUUCUCUGUGAGUGCGGGAUUGAAAACGACAAAAUCCAUGAGCUGCUUCGUACUGUUUGUUUGAAUUACAGUGAUGCCAGUCUGCAGUUUGCCAGGUCCAUCGGACAGACGGAUCUGCUUGGAAUCCUGUCUGCAGAACUUGCCAAGUAUCAGAAUAGAUAUAUGAGUGAAGAGGGGAAAAAAGAUAUUGUUAUGUCAGCAUUUGGAAUUCUUCACAACUGCUCAAAAGUCACGGAGAACCGAGGGGUGUACUACCGCCUCGGCGUGAUCAACAUCGCGGUCCCCUACACGAAGCCAGGGAAUGACGAAACAGUCGCAAUGACGGCCUUAAUGACCUUGUCCUACCUGGUCACUAUUGACCAAAAUCACCUGAUACAAGCAGAGCCAUCAGCAAUUGCAAAUAUUCUGAAGAAACUCGAUGAAGCACUGAAAAACGCAGCAACUCAUCAAUCGGACGGUUCUCUUACUUUCCAUGCUUACGAAAUUGUAGAAUCGCUCAUAAACCUAUCCAAAAGCGCACAAAAUCGGGUGACGACGGUACAGAAAGGAGGCAUUCCCCUGUUUGUGAAAAUGAUGAAAGUCGGUAAUCCACAAGAACAGGAACUCGCCCUGAACGCCGUGUGGGAACUGAUUAACGGAGGGGAUGGGACGCUGUCAACUAUCUCUAGAACAGCAGGGCUAUUAGAUGCAGUGAAGGCUUUAAAGAGCAGCAAAGUCGAAACCGUUCGUCAAGCCGCUGAGAGGAUUUCAUUGAAGCUUGACACGCAGUCUCAAAUGUUUUCCCAGAGGUUUGAUCCGGCACCCAAGCCAAAGUGCACUUACAAUGAUAUCUGCAACAAAUUUGUUGAGACUCUCAACUUGCACAAAUCAUAUUUUGAUGCUAAGUAUCAUCGCUGCUACUGCAACGUGUGUCAUAAUGAUAGAGGAGACAAACUGUAUUAUACUCGCGGAAAUCCGCCAAAGGACUACGGUAUUCCAAUUGGAUGGUACAGGUAUGCCCUUUGCCUUCCACCUAAAGCAAAAGCUAUGAAUGUAUUGGACAACUGGCACAGGGCAUUCCAUGGCACCAAGAAAGAUGUGGUCACCAAGAUACUUGAAGUCGGGGAACUACUCAUUCCAGGCGAUGUAGCGUUGGGCGGCGACAAAAUAAGCGAGAGGGAAGGCCAUUUCAAAGACGACAAUAAGCCUGAAGGGUUCGACACCAAGAAAAUAUUUGUAUCUCCCAGUAUCCGUUAUGCUGGCCAUGGCGCUUAUGCCAUGCCACACAAAUUUGUGGUAUCGGGAAAAACCUAUGUGGCCCGUGUGGCACUUCAAGUGUGCAUUCGCCCAGGCAGCUAUGAUGUCGGCGAUCAAACUAUCGGAGAAACCAAGCCAAUCGACCCAAAGUUUGACAAUCAGGAAAUAGAGUGGUCAACUAAAGAGCGUGGAAGCACCAUUUUGUAUGGUCUGCUGGUGAAAUUGGAAGAACAAGCUUCUUGAAAUAGUUAAUCUUAACUUUGACGGAGCUGAGAACAAUAAAGCUUUUGACUUAAUCGGUGUAAAGAGUUUGAAUGGUACAGGGGUAUUUCAUUCUGUAUUCAUAUCGAUCAGAUCAUAUUGGAAAGUGUCGGUUUCAUUCCAUUUGUAAAUUGUUUUAUGUUAUGGCGUGACAUUUGCAAUGGAUAGUCCUAAACCUACUUGCGGUUGAUUGUGAUUGACUUAAAACGCUGCAUAUAUAUUUUAAAAAAUGAUGUCUACGUGAGAAAAAUAAUCCCUUUCUAAUUACAUGUGCCUACUGAUAUUUGAAGAGUCAAAAACAUGCCGAUUUUCAAACCAGGUUAUAAUUUACAUCCACGCAGAUUCUUGCGCUUUGUGUCGAUUUUUCUCAACCUUUUAGAAAAGACAUUUCUA